AUGGCGCAGCGUCUUGCCGAGACGCUCGGUCAGUCGGUCGUCAUCGAGAACAAGCCGGGCGCCACUGGCAUGAUCGGCGCUGCAAGCGUCGCGAAAAGCCCGGCCGAUGGCUACACAGUCCUGUUCGGCGCGGCGAGCGAGAUGGCGAUCAACGCCAGCCUCUUCAGGAACAUGACCUACGACCCGCGCACCGACUUCGAGCCGGUGAUGCUGGUCGCCACUUUUCCCCUGGUGUUCGUCUCGGCGGCCUCGUCGUCGCGAUCCCUCAAGGACCUGAUCGAGGUCGCGCGCGCCAAGCCGGAUGCGGUCAGCUACGGCUCGAUCGGCAGCGGCAGUCCGCAGCACUUGGCGGCCGAACUCCUGUCCAGCAUGGCAAAGGCGAAACGCCGCUGCACUUCGAAUACUCGACGACCUCGGGUGUGCCCGACGCCUGAGGCCGGUCGCGUGGUCGAUCUCUGUGCCGAUUCCGAACUCGGCUAUCUGAAGAACCGGACGCGGUUCGCGCCCGGAGAGACGCUCCUUCUGGACGAGGCCUAUCGCCUCGCGCACCUGCCCCUGAUCGCGCCGGAUCAUCCCGACGUCCUCCGGUCACGGCCCGACACCGCCUAUCGCAUGGGGCGGCACGACCGCAUCUUCUCGCUGGUGCUGCCGGUUCCUCCGGAUGCACUCGAA